UUAACUUGAUAGUGCUCUACAGACUGUAUCUUUUGAUUUCUUAAUGCAUAACACAGAUUAUCUUGCUUGACAGAAACAACCUACGAAGUGAAAGUUUUAUUAACCAGUUACUGUAGAAAGAAAACCUGGACUUCCAGCUCCUCGAGACAAGUACCUGGCCUCUCAAACAUGGACAACAAGCUGGAUAUCUACAGAAGGGAGUUAGUGGAUGUUCAGGGUGUUCCUCUCUUCUGGAGCAUUGCUGAGGAGUGGUCCCAGGUGGAGUCAUUUGAAAGCCGGCCAGAUGACCUUUUGAUCGCCACCUAUCCCAAAUCUGGAACAACCUGGGUCAGUGAAAUAGUGGAUUUGAUCUAUAACAAUGGAGAUGCAGAGAAAUGUAAACGGGAUGCAAUAUACAACCGAGUGCCAUUCAUGGAACUUAUAGUUCCUGGAAUCGAAAAUGGCAUUGAGGAUUUGAAAAAAAUGCAGUCUCCUCGAUUAGUGAAAACACACUUGCCUGUUCAACUUCUUCCUUCUUCAUUUUGGAAGAAUAACUGCAAGAUGGUCUAUGUGGCACGGAAUGCUAAAGAUGUGGCUGUGUCCUAUUAUUAUUUCUACCAAAUGGCAAAAUUGCACCCAGAGCCUGGUACCUGGGAGGAGUUUCUGGGUAAAUUCAUGACUGGGAAGGUGGCUUUUGGUUCUUGGUAUGACCAUGUGAAAGGCUGGUGGGAGAAAAGGAAAGAUUAUCGUAUCCUCUACCUAUUCUAUGAAGACAUGAAAGAGAAUCCAAAGCGUGAAAUUCAGAAGUUGAUGAAAUUUCUAGAUAAAAACCUUCCAGAAGAAACUGUGAAUAAAAUCAUCUAUCAUAGUUCUUUUGAUGUAAUGAAGCAGAAUCCCUGUGCAAAUUAUACUACUGUACCAUCAUUUGAUAUGGAUCAUUCUGUGUCGCCCUUCAUGAGAAAAGGUAUUUCAGGAGACUGGAAGAAUAAGUUCACUGUAGCCCAAAAUGAGAAAUUUGAAGAAGAUUAUGAAAAGAAAAUGAAAGGGUCUACAUUGCAGUUUCGUUCAGAAAUCUAAGAAAUACCUGCUCUUUGUUCAACCCCUUUAGCUGGCACUUAAAUUAGAAAAAAAAUCUCUUUAAACAUUUAGUGAAAUAAGCUUUAUAUGUGGUAUUUCCUUAUUUACUAAUAAUGGUGGUUUAUAAUAGAAUAUUCAAAGAAUUUAAAAGUCUCCAUAUCAAAAAUUAGUACUCUGUGAUUUUUAAUUACUUCCCACAAUGUUUUUACUAUUCUUAAAGAUUAAACAAUAAAAUAAAGUUUGAAAUCUAUAAAUUUACCUGGUUUAUUUCUUUAAAUCCAACUUCUGGGUCUUUGAAAUUGCAAAGAAGAUAUUUAGGGGAGUCUUCAAAAUAGAGUGAUUAGAACAAAAAUAUCCCCUUAAAAGGUUUUAGUUUAUCUUUGUUAUAUGAUCAGAAUGAUAACUAUGUAUGGUAAUGAAUGUUAGCUAGGAAUUUAUUGUGAUCAUUUUACAAUAUAAAACUCUGUGAAUUACUUUGCUGUAUACUUGAAACUAAUAUAAUGUUUUAUGUCAAUUAUUUCUCAAUUAAAACAACAAAAACAAUUAAGA